GAUCAUAGAGGGCGGGACGUUAUAAAUUUGUGCGGCUCUUUGACUGUUGACAAAGCUCAUAUUUAACGUAGUCAUAAAGGUGCCUUUGUCACUGCUGGCAUCGUAUUAAUCAGAUAAAUUAAUGUCUUCAAAAAUUCCAAGAGUGCAGUUACCUGCAGAAAUGAAGAAAGCUGGUCAAAAGUUUGAAUCCAGAGACACAGCAAAUGUAAAUGCUGGCCAAAAAUCAGAUGGUAUCCUUAAAUAUCAAAAAGAAAACGUGCCAAGGAAAAUCGUUGCUCACAAAGUUCACAAAGGGGUCUCCACCAGGUAUGGGCAACAGACGGAGCUCAAGGAGCAAAAUCAGCAUCUGAUGGCUACAAAUGAGGAGCUGCAGAAAAACCUCACGGAUACACAGCAAAGAGUAGCUGAGUUGGAGCUGCAGUGCAGUGACCUUGAAAAGGAGAAUGUAGAGGUACAGAAAAACCUGAAGGACUGUCACAUCCUCCUCGUCACAGCCAGUAUAGACCCAGUUUUAGGAGAAAGGGUUGGGGAAGCUACGCGACAAAAUGAAGAUCAAAGAAAAGAAGUUAUGAUCGUCUCCGCAGACCUGCUGAAUGAAUUAAAAGUGUUCGGAGACACUGCAUCCCAGCAACGUGCUCAACUAGAGGAAAUCCAAACGACGAUGACAGAACUCACUAAAGCACGGGAACAUAUGAUGCAGGAAAGGGAGAACUUUUCCCUGGAGGCUGCGGAAAUGGAACAAGCUCUUGGAGAAGCAGAAGGUCUCUUGUUGUAAACGUAAUAAUCUUUUCCCAACUUAAAGUGAGUUUUAAGAAAAAGUGUAUAAUGUAUGUUUUAAUGUUGACAGAAACUGAAUAAAGGAUUGUUAUUUCCUUGUG